CAGUGCUGAGUCAAAGAUACACAAACACAGACACAUUACAGCAAAAUAGCGACAGGGAAGAGAGAGGCAGAUGAUCUGAGCUUCAGCUGCUUGUCUGAUUUUCAAACACUGAUCAUGAAUUUAUUGAGAGGAUCCGACUGAAUCUGUCGCUUGUGUGUGUAAAGGAGUCAAAUCGAAACUUUUUUUCCCGUGGCGCACGGAUUUCUCGCCCUAUUAAUCAGACCGAUACACUUCAAAUCAUCAUUACAGAAGAUAUUUGAGAUACUAUUAUUAUUUACUGUGUAUCUGAGAAGAGAGACGCUUUUGAACAUGGGUUGUUUGGGCAACAGCAAGACAGGGGAUCAGCGCAUCGACGAGAAGGCGCAACGAGAGGCGAAUAAAAAGAUCGAGAAACAGUUACAGAAAGAGAGACAGGCGUACAAAGCCACACACCGCCUGCUCUUAUUAGGCGCUGGGGAAUCCGGGAAGAGCACUAUAGUUAAACAGAUGCGGAUCCUGCACGUCAACGGCUUUAACGCAGAAGAAAAGAAGCAGAAAAUAUUGGAUAUCCGGAAAAAUGUGAAGGAUGCCAUUGUGACUAUAGUAUCUGCUAUGAGCACCUUAACGCCCCCUGUGUCAAUUGCCAACCCGUCCAAUCAACCUAGAGCUGAGUACAUCAAAAGUAUAGCUCCACUCUCAGAUUUUGACUACACAGAGAGAGCGUUCGCCCUGUCAUGUGUUUUAUAAGGCUGAUUCGAUCAGAGUUCAAAGUGGCAGCCAGCUGACAGAGGACACACACACAGAACUCUCUUAAACAUUAUUGGACUCUUUUUCUCAGCUGUUUGAUGAUGGUAAAGAUGAUGGUGAUUAUGUCAUAAUACAGAUGAUAAACAUAAUAAACACUGAAAACAUUUUGUUAUUAAAGAGUAAGCCAGUUUACCUCUUAAAUUACUGUAAAUCUAGCUUGAGUUGCAAAUGAAAGUUUUUUUGAGGUAUGCUAUGAUAUGAUUAAUAUG